UCAACACUUAAGCAAAAAUGGAAAAUACAGCGUUAAGAAUUUUGGUAGAAAAUUUCAUGUGCCUAACUAAAUAUACAAAUUGCAUCGAAAAUUAUCGAAAAAUACGGAAGAACAAAAAGCGAAUAAAAGUUGUUCUGGCAUUGUCCAAAACCAACGCAAGGACCCCAAGAAAAAUACCCAAAACUGAGAACUUCUGGGAAGUAAUAACGAAAAUGCCAGACGAUGUUUUCAGUAGCCAUUUUCGGAUGCAAAUAGCCACCUUUAAGAAAUUGAAAAGUGCGCUAAAACCCUUUUGGCCAAACCGAAAACUGGCCGCCCUUCUUUGUCCUUGGCGAAGUCGCUCUAUGUAACGCUGUGGAAGUUGUGCAACCAAAAUUGCUUCCGGGAAGUAAGUGAUCGGUUUGGCAUCGGAGUUGGCACAGCUUAUAGGUCAUUUAUCAAAACAAUAAAGGUCAUUCUGCGAUUAAAGUCCAGGAUCAUUGUGUUUCCAUCUACCGAAGCAAGCCAAAGAUUGGUUAUGGAGCAAUUUGAAGCUAGCAGAGCACUCCCGUUCCCGUUUGUUUUAGGGUGCAUAGAUGGGACACAUAUCCGUAUAUCGCAACCGCUAAAGGACAGUAUAAGCUAUUACAACCGAAAGGGGACAUAUUCCAUUAUUGUGCAGGCCAUUGCUGAUAGUAAACUUCGGUUUUUGGAUGCGUUCAUUGGACAUCCUGGAAGAUGUCACGACGCAUCUGUAUGGAAUAAUAGCCCUAUCCGAAGAGCUAUAGUCACCAACAAAAUUAAAAUACCACAAGAAUGCCAUUUGCUGGGAGUUUGUGCCUAUCCUUUGGAAACUUAUUUAAUAGUGCCUAACAAAGACAACGGCCAUCUUUCGGAAGAGCAGAAAAGAUUCAACUACGUGCUGAGCUCUACAAGGGUUUUUGUGGAACAGGCGCUUGGAGUUUUAAAGAAAAAAUUUCGUAUUUUAAAUUACUUAGAACUACAAAACCUAGCUCUGGCAAAGCAAAUCAUUAUGGCAUGUAUGGUACUGCACAAUAUGAUCAUAGACAAUGAGAACGUUACUCAAGAUAUGGAGAUUAUAGAGGAACGUAACACAAAUUCAGACCUUGCUGCAGAAGAGUAUUCGCAUUCACAAAAAGAGGAAGCUAGAAGGAAACGAAGUAGAUUGACGACGCUUCUUUCAGCUUAGAUAUACAGUGGCGGCCAAAAAUGGAUGAAUGGUGUUUCGUUUUUAAUAUUUACAAUGUUUUUCAAGCUAAAAUUUUUU